AUGGCAUCGCUCAACGGAGCGCCCGCCGAUACCGUGGCACCUGGCCACGCCGACACGUCCAUCACCAAGCAAGGCUUCACCAUCACCACGCGCAAACUGCCCAUCCUCAAGGCCGGUCCUAUAGAAGACAUGACGAACAAAUUGGGCAUUGCGCCGCCCGAGAUGAUAUUUGGCGACAACAUGGUACGAAUAGAACACGAGCAGAGUGGCUGGUACAUCGAGUUCAAUGCCUUGGAUGCGCUGGAUCGGGUGGACAAGACUGGCGACAACAUGUUCAAGGUGUCAUACUCGAAAGAAUGGCAGCAGAACCGACAGAAGCAAUUCGAGGAUAUCAAGGAAGUCGUCAAGCCGUUCGACUGGUCCUACAGCACAGAUUACAAGGGAACCACACCGCCAACACCCGCCUUCGAGCCUACCGAGACUCCCAUACCACUUGCUCUACUCAAGCGGCCUGACCCUAUACACUUCUUCGACGAAUUAGUCCUUUAUGAAGACGAACUAGCGGACAACGGCAUUGCCAUGCUAUCUUGCAAGAUUCGCGUCAUGCCGCAACGGCUACUAUUACUUGUGCGCUUCUUCAUGCGUCUGGACGAUGUUAUCUUCAGGAUACGCGACACUCGGAUAUUUGUCGAGUUUGGUGACAACGUGGUGCUCAGAGAAUACACAGCGAGGGAGGACAAGUACGAGCAUGUGAGGAAGAAGCUAGCAGGAAGAAAAGAGGAUGUGCUUGCGAUAAUGCGAGACCCCAACCGCUUGGCGGAGCACAUACCUAUCGUGGAGCAUAAGCUCGAGGGGCUGCAAUUGAAGUAA